CGCCGUCUCGCUGAUCUGAAGCUCCGGCCAAGCCAUCGGGAAGUGAUGUGAGGUUUGUGUGCCGGAGUAGAUCUGCCGUGCGGAAUGGCAGAAGGAACUUGGAACUUGGUAGGAAUCCAAGGCCCUGCAAUCGGAACCAUUUCUACAAUGGCUGAGAAACGAGCAGCAGAAUCAACGUAUACCCGGACUGCUGAAAAUGGCUCAUCACCACCUUGUAAGAAGGUGAUGAAGACUGACCGCCAGACUGGAAUGUCACCUCUAGUAGAAUUGAAGGAGACGGCCAAUAGGUUUGGUUUGGACAUUCUGAGUGACGGCUUUGCCAAGAAGAUGGAUGAACUUGAUCAGCUAGCUCCACUAAGAGAGGAAUUCAUCAUGCCUAAGAUGAAGGAAUUACCAGAUGUUGAUCUAUCUCUGGUUAAUAAAGAAGAUGAAUGUAUCUACUUCUGUGGUAAUUCACUUGGUCUUCAGCCUAAAGGACUCAAAUUCUAUUUUGAUGCUGAACUGGAAAAAUGGGCCAAAAUAGGAGUACAUGGACAUCUUUGUGGUCAGAUGCCAUGGGCUUUCUGUGAUGAAGUACUUGCUACUGACAUGUCCAACAUUGUAGGUUGUAAAGAAGAGGAAUUGGCAAUCAUGAAUGGUCUCACUGUCAAUUUACAUCUAUUAAUGAUGUCCUUUUAUCGUCCUACAGAAAAGAGGCAUAAAAUUCUCAUUGAAUCAAAGGCCUUUCCCAGUGAUCAUUAUACAGUGGAAUCUCAAAUACGUCUCAAUGGAUAUGAUCCAGCAACAAGCAUUAUAUUCCUGGAACCACGAAAAGGAGAGUACGAUAUAAGAACAGAGGAUGUGCUUAGUGUGAUUGAGAAGGAAGGUGAUGGUAUAGCGGUCAUCCUACUUGGAGCCUUACAGUAUUACACCGGUCAGUUUUUUAACAUGCCUGUCAUCACAAAAGCUGGACAUGCAAAGGGUUGUUAUGUUGGUUUUGAUCUUGCACAUGCUGUCGGUAAUGUAGAGCUUCAUCUACAUGACUGGGAUGUGGACUUUGCAGUUUGGUGUACAUACAAGUAUUUGAAUUCUGGUGCUGGAAGUUUGGGUGGCGCUUUUCUUCACUCUAAACUGGCUCACACAAUGGAACCUAAGCUUGUUGGAUGGUGGGGCCACAAGUUUAAGAGCAGAUUCGACAUGAAUAAUGAGCUUGAACUAUCUCCAGGCAUCUCAGGAUAUCGCCUUAGUAACCCAUCCAUCUUUGCUGCUUGUCCCCUGAGAGCAAGUCUAGAUGUGUUUCGUAAGACCAGUAUGUCAGAGCUGCGAGCCAAGUCGGUGGUCUUAACAGGUUACUUAGAGUACCUGGUAGGUCAUUACUUUGGUAAGGACAGUCCCCAUAGGAAGAACAAGGAGUUUAUCACCAUCUUGACACCUUCUAAUCCAGAGGAAAGAGGUGCCCAACUAUCCCUUUACUUCUCCAUACCAAUCAACAGGAUACAUAGUGAGAUGGGCAAGAGAGGUAUAGUGUGUGAUGAGAGGAAACCCAAUGUAAUUCGCAUUGCUCCAGCUCCCGUGUAUUGUAACUACUUAGAUGUAUGGCGGUUUAUUGAUGCUCUCCAAUCCAUCAUGGACAUUGCAGAGAAUCAACCUGAUCUUGACUCAGAGCUUGACUGAUAAAACCAUUCUUCUCUCAAACAUUCUUUAGGUAUCCUGCACAUACAUAUUUUCUUCGAUUUUUUUUUUGGUUUAAUGAUAACUAUUGCUGUGGUUUAUCACAAUGGAUGAAAAUUACUUUAGCUCACACAUACAAAUCUAACAGCAACAUGCAAUCAAGCUGUAUUUAGUAUUCCUAUCUUUUAUAGGUUGUAUGCAAUUUUUUACUGUCUUGCACAUAUUCUUUUUUUUUUUUUUUUUCAAAUGCCACAUUCCAGGACUAUCCAUCCUGGUCCUGUUUCUUUAAGUCUUAUCACUAUUGUAAAAUUGCCAUUAUUGUAAGUUCUAUGGGAAACCUUGAUUGUGAUUGGCUGCUGAGCCUUGUUACCAUGGUAACUGCUAUACUGGCAGAAGUAGGACAGUUGUUUGAAAGGGACUCCUUACUAGUCAAAAUUGUUUAGGACUGGGCAUAGGGACUUGGUUGUGAGAAUUGUCUUGGAAAUAUUAUAUAUAUAGUUUGAUACAGUUCUGACUUAUAUAACAUUUGAGUUACAUUUUAUUCAACCACCAUUCCACUCGUCAAUGAAAAGUGGUCAUAAUUUGAUAUAGCAAAGUUGCCAUCUGAAGUAUAAUAUGUCAAACAUAUACAUGUAUGAUAAUUUUUUUUGAAAGUUUUAUGCAUUAAAUUUUUUUUCUCUCAAGUUAAAAUUAGACUGUCGGGUGAUAUUUUGUCAAAUUAUUGAAAUUUCUUCAAAUGUUUUACCACUUCUCAGGAAUCAUGUAUGUAUAUGAUCAACAUAACGUACUAUUGUCAGAAAUCUUACUAGUAGCUUGUAUAUUGCUUGUAUUUGGAAAUAGUUAUGUACAGAAUAUGGAGAGGACUACUGAUGAUAUUGUUUACAAUGGAAUUUUGCUGUAAUCUGUAUGUGAUAUCUAAAAAAAAAGUUGUAUACAUGUAACUAUGUUUCUGUUGAAUCUCGAUCUUCUUAACUGAUUGUUGUUCUGUUGCAUUAAACUUAUCAACAUUUUAAUAGUAAGAAUUAAACAUUUUGGCUUGCACAGUACUGCCAAUUUAAGACUGAUUUUUUUUCAAAGUCCUCUCUUGGGUGAAUUGCUUCCCAAGAGUAGGGGAGAUUGGGGUUAGUUGGAA